AAUAUGUUGCGAAUCUACUCAUGAAACAACGUGUACUUGUAUGCGGAUCACAUUUAACAUCGCUGUUGAGCGGACAAAACUACUAUUUAUACGUAUAGGACUUGUCGAGCCCUGGAUGAUACACAUCUCUGUAUACAGCAUGGUGCAGCGUGUUGGAAAACUAACAUUGUUCAUAUAGAGUUUUUCAAAAUAUAAACCAAGUGGGUGAUAUCGAGAAAUCAGACAGACCACGAGCGAACUCCUUUAUACAACAGAUACCCAACAUCCUCACUGGAUUUUUACACGGCUACUCAAAUCUUCAACCAACCAUCUGAAGAUAAGCGAUCAGGACUUGAGAGUUUUCACCAGUUGUUGUGACUUAUCAGUGUAUUUGCCUAUUUAUGAUGGAGGUACCCAGUGAACAGCACGCUGCCUCCUGGUUGCGAGGGCCCGAAGCCCCACGGAACUACCCCGAAAACACCUCCGGGUUGCUGCCAUCAGAGGAUAUUGGGGACAUGUUUACCCCCCAUUUUUUGGACUCUAACGGCGGACACAUGAACCCUGCAGGAUAUUACCCCAAUCCCCGAGCUAUGGGGUACCGACCUUCACAUGUUACAGGUGGAAGCCAGGUAUGUCGUCCACAUUUCCACAACCCCCUACACAGCUGGCUAACCGACAGUAAGUCCAUGGUUCCCCAUGCCGCCCAUCAGUGGAUGAGCCCCUUCACUGGAAAGUCCCUGUCACACCCGAAUCCAGCCGCGCCCCUCUCUGUACAUCCGACUACCUCAAACGCAUCCAGCUCCUUCAACUUCCCACCAACUCCACCCAAAGACGGUACCCCUGAAAAUGUCGCCACCUCGACAGAAUAUACCCCGGAAAACAAACCAUCACACAAGCACGACUCCCAGGAAAAUGGCUCCUCUUUUUUCGGGAGUCAUGGGGGAAGCCACACUGCACACCCCGUCCCAACAUACCCAUCCUUUGGGAGCUCGGACUACCCCAGCGGCCCCCUCGGGUUCCACGCCGCUAGUGUUUUUAAAGCUACGUCCGCACUAUCCCGACCCCGCACAAAGACAAGAUCAAGUGCAGUAUUUGUUUCAGAAGGAAGAGAGUGCGUCAACUGUGGGGCUACAUCCACUCCGCUGUGGCGGAGGGACGGGACGGGUCACUACCUGUGUAACGCAUGUGGACUCUACCAUAAAAUGAACGGACAGAAUCGACCCCUCAUCAAACCGAAGCGACGCCUGUCAGCAGCCAGAAGGGCGGGAACAAGUUGCGCCAACUGUGGAACGUCGACAACGACGUUAUGGCGACGUAACGCUAACGGUGACCCCGUGUGUAACGCCUGUGGUUUAUACUACAAACUCCACAACGUUAACAGACCGCUUACUAUGAAAAAAGAUGGCAUUCAGACAAGGAACAGGAAAAUGUCAACUAAGAGCAAGAAGAAGGGAAAGGGAAUGCAGAUGUCCGACUUCCUGAAACCACUCGACAAAACCUUCGGUGGCUUCCAUCCCAACAUGAACGCCAUGCACGCCCCAAUGCCAACUUACAUGGGCGGUAGCUCAUCCCUGGGUGGAUCUUACAUCUCACCGGGUUCGUCUCACAUGCAGGGAGCUGGCAGUAUUGGCCACGGAGGCCUCGGAGGAGGAUUCAAUAACUUUUCAUCAUCCAUACCAUCAAGUUUUGCAUCAUCAUUUUCAAGUAUUCCAAGCAUUUCAUCGUCAGGGUUUUCAUCCGGACUGAACUUAUCCACGACGACAAAUAUGGUGGGAGCGAUGGCGUGAAGGUGAUCGACAAAAAAGUAACCUGCCGAUAAGUGCACGUGAACAAUAACGCGCAAACUCCGGCCAUCACAGGCCGGGGUCAAUUAUAGCGUACUCAGGAUAGAUGGCGCUCUGGUCCCUAGAGGCCUACAUAGGAGCGUUAGGGUCUAGUGGGAGAGUGUGUUCGUUACUAAGUCGUGAACCGGUGCGUUUUUUCUUUUGCCUGAAACACUCUAGCUAAUUCCCUUGGACAGACCACAGCCUGUUAUACGAUACCCUCACUCAGGAGAGGUAACGAGAAAAAAUAUACGAGAGCUGUUUCAUCUAAUCCUGAGAAAUGACAACAUAGGUGUUUCGAAUGCGUGCGAACGUCUCAUCUACCGCGGAAAGAUCUCAGUCACGAACCACCACUGCAUAGAAAUAUUGUUAUUGCCACGGAUUAUGACAAUGCUGGACUUUAUCCGUGUCUCCGAUUUCACCAGCGCUCACUUUAACGUGAUUUCUUUGAACAGUAAAUCUAGGUAGUGAUAUGUGUUGUCGUCGUGAAGGUGACAUGGAGGAACUCUCUCGGGUAAAUCGACCCAGUGGUGCCCCAUAACCGCACAGAGGGGUCAGCUCGCGUCCCGACCUCAGCAUUUCACAUUACAGAGACUAUUGCGGACUGCUGUAGGUCCUGAUCAGGUUUUCAAAACACGUUUUGAAUUCUUGUGUUGUUGAAGAGGGACGGAAAAGACUGUUGUCGACCUGGGAACAUUGUCAACUAAAUGGUGCUUGUCCUAUGAACAAUGUGUGUGGAUUGGUUGAAUAAUUGUUGCCUAAUAUGGGAUUACUGUAGUAAGACUAGAUCACGCGACGUUUGGUCUGCUAACAAUUAACACUAAUAGGCUGCGUUCAGCUAAAGUGCAGAAUUGUGUUUUUGCUCAAAAUGAGGAGAAUUUUUCAAUUAACAAUAUCUAUAAGUAAACUGACCAUUGUUUUCAUUGCAUUUUCAGAUUUCAUGUCACUUGUAAAUAUCCUAUUUAUUAUCGUUGGUUGAGAGAGUGGUGUGAUUAGGUAAGACAGUUAUAAUUAUACUUGAGCUCGUUUUCUAGUCCCACAAUUCUGAGCUGGUUACGGUUAUAUAGAAUUUAAUAUGUUGUAAGGAUCAGGCAUAUCCCGAGUGCUAGACUAGAUAUGGAGUGACGUCAUCACGAUGAUGCGCUUCCCAGAUUGAAGUGACGUCAUCGUAACGAUGACUCACUCCCGUUUGUUAUUGGUGGAAGUGUCACAGAAUUGUUUGUAUGUGUGCCUUUUAAUAACAUUGUACAUUAAAGAGAGUAAAAACAGAAGGGCCAAUUCGUCCUUCAAGUAUACUUCUUUAGACAUAUUUAUCAAUGAACGGAUCUACAUGAAAUCCAAUGUACAGUGGUAGAUUAGUUGUCGGUCAGGGUACAUUCCACGUCCAAGGCGGACAGCACAGGCGAGAUACUACGCAGUCUUCUCGUGAGGAAUGUUGUAUGUCUAGCAUGGUCAAAAUCGUACUUUAACUACACCAAUUUUAUAAAAUAUGUUCAAAUCGAAAAAAGAAUUAUGUGCAAUAUGUUUUAUCCAUGACAAAAAUCAAAUGCAAAUCUCAUCCAUUAAAUUAUAUUGCUAUUUUAUUAUUUAUUCCUCAAAACUUUGGUUUGAUAAUUGAGAAUCGACAAUAUUUUUUUUUUGUUCAGCCAUUUUAGUUUUAAGGAAGCGUAUGUUUUGACCAUGUUGUACAUCACUAUUGUGAACAUACAGAAAUUAUUGUUAGAUAUAUUGCUGUUCAAUGCCGUGUAUAAUUAAAUGAAUGAUAAUGUAUAAUUGAUAAAAAUCAGAAUUUUCCAUUAUGACAAAUAAAAACAAAUAAACAAAAAU